ACAGACUGACCCGGAUCCCAGACGGGUCUGUGGCGGGUCUGAAGCAGCUGGAGCUGCUGAUGCUUCAUGGAAAUAACAUCCACUCUGUGUCUGAUGGUGCCUUCAGGGACCUGGGAGCUCUGCAGAUGCUGAAGAUGAGCUACAACCAGCUGCAGGAGCUGCGUAGGAACUCCCUCAGAGGUCUGCGGUCUUUGGUUCGGCUGCACCUGGAUCAUAACCGGCUGGAGUCCAUCCACCCUCAGGCCUUCCAGGGCCUCGCCGCCCUGAAGCUGCUGCAGCUGGAGAACAACCGUCUGCAGACGUUGCACCAAGACACCUUCAGCACCUUCACCGUGAGGAGCCUGCUGCACGUCUCCACCCUGAGACACCUCUACCUGUCCGAGAACCGGCUCAGGUACCUGCCGGAGCGCCUGCUGGAGACCAUGCCACAGCUGGAGAACCUGUACCUCCAUGGGAACCCGUGGACCUGCGACUGUGACAUGAGGUGGUUCCAGGACUGGAAAAGCACCUUCACAGGUGUCCUUAAAUGUAAGAAAGUCUCUCCAGGCGGCCGCCUGUGCCCCAUCUGCUCCUCUCCCAGGUAUCUCCACGGCACAGAGCUCCACACCGUGGAGAACCUGGUCUGCAGCGCCCCUGUCAUCACCUCCAACUCUACAGAAGCCCCGCCCCCUGGCGCCAACACUGAACUUCUUAGCAUGGAGGACUUCAGGGAGCCUUUAGGGAACGUCUCUCUGGAGCUUCGGGAUGAACACGAAAAUCAGGUGAACCUGGACUGCAGCCUGGGCCGGCCUCAGGACCUGGCAGAGACCUCCUGGGAACUGGAGAGCCCGCUGCAUCUGGCCGUCAACAUCUCCUUCUCUGUGGACCUGGACUGUCCUGUCGGGUCAGAGAAGUACCAGCAGCUGUGGAGGCUGAUCGCCUACUACAGCAGAGCUCCGGCUCACUUGGACCGAGGAGCUGUCCUGAACGGAGGGGUCCCCCCAGCGUACUCCUACACCCAGAACCCUGACAAGGAUGCUGUGUACUACACCGGUCUGAGGGUCGGCAUGACGGCCCGGCCUGUUUGGCUGAUGCAACCAUCGCUGGACCUGCAGCUGGACAGAGCCCGGUCUUCUCAAAACAGGGUCAGGCUGGUCCUGAAGACCGGACUGUCAGAGACCCUGGACCUCCAGGAGAUUCACAGGCAGAGGAGACCCUGGGUCCUGAUCCAGUCUACAAACGCCUCACACGAAGUGCACAGCGCCGCGUUGGGGAGCGCCAGUCAAAUGACCUGCAGAACCGACGGCUCGGAACCAGCCAGAGUCCAGUGGAUGCUGCCAGACGGUUCCACCUUGGAAGCUCCUCCUGCUGGUCCAAACCGAGUCUCUGUGACCCAGGACGACUCAGCUGCUGCAGGUCCAGACAAGCGGGUCUCUGUGACCCAGGACGGCCGUCUGCUCAUUGGGGCAGUGAUGCAUGCAGACGCAGGAGCGUAUUACUGCAUUGCCAAGGUCCAUGGGGACAUUGCUGUCCGUCCUUUUUAUCUGACGGUGUUGGAGUCCUCCAGUGCCCCCCCAGUGGCGGAUGGACCCGUGGUUUCUAUAGAGACCUUUAUGGGCGGCCUCUUCUCCCUGAAUUGUUCAGCAUCCGGCUCCCCUGAUCCUGAAGUCAGCUGGAUUCUACCCGACAGCAGCAUCGUUGGCCUCAGAACCAACUCCUCCAGAGCUCAGGUGUUCCCCAAUGGGACCCUGGUGGUCCAGAAGGUCCAGCCCUCAGAUGGCGGCUACUACAGGUGUGUUGCCGUCAACAACCAUGGCGCCGACACAGCAGCUUCAAAGGUAAUCGUGCUCAAGCGCAGAGGAUUAGUCGGGCCCUCAAGGAGGUUUCUGGCAGCACCACGGCCUGCUGCAGAGGUCAGCACUCUGGUGGAGGUCCUUGCUGAAGAAGCAGAGGAGGCGUCAGGAGGUGCAGAGGCUCCUCAGACAGAGGUUCCAAAGAGCAUUAGAAGAAUCCCUGCAGAAGCUCUGAAUCCAGCAAGGAGGAGGCACCCGCACAAGAACGCCAGAAUCAAACAGUCUGUGCUCCGGAAACCAAGUAAACCCAAAGACCAGAAAGUUCUGGUGGACAGAAGAACGGCAAAUGUGUCAAAGAACAGGAUAGACCCCAGAAAGUGGGCAGACAUAUUAGCCAAGAUUAGGGACAGAAAUAAAGCGACAUCACUUCCUGUUCGAAAUCAGUCAGAGAACAGUACAAAUCCAGAUCAGAGAGUCCCUUUGUCUGUCCUAAAGGAACGACCAGAAACUAACAAAAACAAGAGUCCAGACCAGAAAGUCACAAUUCCUGAUCCGAAGGAACAACCAGGAACCAACAAAGACAAGAGUCCAGACAAGAUAGUCCCAAUGUCUGACCUGAAGCAACAACUAGAAUCCACCAAAUAUGAGAGACCAGAUCAGAGAGUCUCCAUUCCUGACCUGAAGGAACAACCAGGGACCACCAAGAACAAGAGACCAGACAAGAGAGUUUCCAUGUCUGAUCAGAAGGAGCAACCAGCAAACAAAAAAGAGAGUCCAGAUCAGAGAGCCUCUAUUCCUGACCUGAAUGAACAACCAGGGACCACCAAAAACAACAGACCAGAUCAGAGAUUCCCAAUGUCUGAUCCAAAGCAACAACCAGGACCCACCAAACAAGACAGUCCAGACAAAAGAGUCUCCAUGUCUGUCCUGAAGGAACAACUAGGAACCAACAAAUUCAACAGUCCAGAAAAUGAAAUCUCUGUUCCUGACCUGAGGGAACAACCAGAAACCACCAACAAUAAGAGUCCAGACCAUCAAGUAUCCAUUCCAGUUCUAAAUGAACAACCAGGAACAAUCAAACAUGAGAGUCCAUAUCAGAGAGUCUCCAUGUCCGACCUAAAGGAGCAACCAGAAACCAACAAAAGCAAGAGUCCAGACCAACCGGUGACCCCCUUUCCCAACACAGACCCGCCCCCCAGCACUGCAAGGCAACCUGUUCCUGUGCAGCCCUCCACCCGCAUUCUGACAUGGACCCUGCAGCUCACCCCAGGCGGAGGGACUCUCCACCCACACACCACUACUGUCCCCCUCCCCCGAUGGAGCAGUACAAACCACCCCAAAAGCAGGACCCCCUUUCCUCCAAAAACCAGACCUGACUCCAGUAAUCCUGAAAGAUCAACCGCCAGUCCUGGAAACCAUCAGGUCACUGAGACCGUCUCCCAGGAUCCGGACCCAUCCCCGUCUGUCACACACACAGUGAUGUCUACCACUGCUAAGCCCCGCCCUCCCACCAGACAGUCCCGGACACGCCCCCGCAAACCUGGUUUCAGGAGGGGGAACAGCGGGCGGAGGAAGAGGCCCAACAGAAAGAAACACACUGUGAAGGCUCCUCCCACAAGCGGGACUACUGCUCCCACAGACCAAUCAGAAGCAGCCCCCACCACCACCACCAUUCCCUUCAGCGACAGCCAAUCAGUGUCCUUCAGUGAAGUAGAUCCCAGUCCACGACCGUCUCCAUCAUAUGAGGUGGAGGACAGCCUCCUCCUGACCACGCCCUCUUUUCAACCAACCUCUCCAAGGUCCAUUCAUGACGCGGCGGAGGCGACCUCGUCGUUUUCAGGACAUGUUCAGGUGUUUUCAGCAUCUUCUCCACGGAGCUCCUCGCAGAAACCAAUCACUGUGGACGCUCUGCUGGUCCCUGACGGCGACGCAGGGAGGUCACCGCUGGUCACCGGAACCUCAGCAGAUGCUCAGAAGAACCAGUCAGUAUCAGAAGCAGCCGGGGAGGGGUUUACAACAUCACCUUCAACUGAACAUCCCAUCACGGUGAACUCUGUAGCUCCUCCCUUUAAGAAAGGAGGCGGGGCUUCAAUUGAUGCAGCUGAAACAACCGCCCCUCACACCACUGCUCCAAGAGAAAGCUCCACAGAUACACAGUCUACCACAUCCCUGUCCAGACCCGACCUGGUCACGCCCUCCAGAUCCACGCCUACAACAGUCAGCCCCGCCCCCUCACAGUUAAAACCACCGCAGUCUGAGCCGCCGACAGAAACGCUAACAGAAUCCCAGGAUGGCCGGCGGGAAAAGCCCCGGAUCCCCACAGACAGCGCUACAGCAGAAACAGAAUCGCUGUCCGGGACCAGGGACGGCCGGCGGACUGGACCUGCUCCAGGAGGAGAGCCCCAGACCUCCCUGGACCGCCUCCAGACUGUCAGCGUGACAGCAGAAACAGAUGCUCGGCUUCCCUGUGAGGCCCCGGCGGCGAGCUUCCUGUCAUGGACCACAGCUGCUACCGGUCAAAGGUUGACUCAGGGCAGCCGGACACAGAGGUUCCAGGUCCAUCCCAACGGCACUCUGCUCAUCAGGAAGGCCCAGACGACGGACACCGGUCAGUACUUCUGCUCUGUCCAGAACCAGGACGGCUGGAGCGAGUCGGUGGUGAACCUCGUGGUCCAGCCGCUCCACCGAGAUGUCGCUGUGCUCUUUGGUGGCGCUGUUGACUUGGAAUGUUUGGUGGGAGGGCAUCCCGAGUCUCUAGUUACGUGGAUCCUCCCCAGUCACACGCACUUGGCCGCGGGUUCGUCUCAGCGGCGUGUGGCGGUCCACAGAGAAGGAACCCUCCGAAUACGACAGGUGGAGCUCUCAGACAGAGGCAGGUACACGUGUGUGACUGAAGCCGGGCUGGACGCCGCCUCUGUGCUCCUUCAUGUCUUAGCAGAGCCACCUGUCAUUCAGGAGGUGCAGCACGAGAACCAGACUCUGGUGGAGGGAAGCUCUGCCUUCCUCCACUGCACGGCCACCGGGGUUCCUCAGCCCAUUAUUCACUGGAUCACGCCCGACGGGGUACGGCUUACCGCCUCCCAGCUGCUGACCCGCCCAAACCUCCUUGUCUUCCCCAACGGUACGCUCCACGUUCCCAGAGUGGUUCCCCAAAGCUCUGGCCCGUACCAGUGCUUCGCCAGCAACACCCUGGCGUCCAGCUGGAGGACGGUUGUUCUGAGUGUGACGUGGACCCGAGUUCUGGCCAAGGCCACCAUCACCACCUCAUCCCCCAGGAGGACGGACUUGGCGUACGGAGGUCGGCUGCUGCUCGACUGUGUGGCGUCGGGACACCCAGAGCCACGAAUCCUCUGGAGGACGCCGUACAAGAAGCUCGUGGACGCUCAGUACAGUUUCGACCCUCGAAUCAGGGUCUUCCCCAAUGGCACCCUCACCGUUCAGGCUGUGACGGACCGGGACGCUGGGGACUACCUGUGUGUGGCCCGCAACAAAAUGGGCGAUGGCUUCAUCCAGCUGCGGGUCAACGUGGUGACUAGGCCGGCUAAGAUUCAGUCCCGCCCCCUGCAGGAGGUGGUGUAUGGCGGAGGCCUGAUCCUGGAUUGUGUGGCUUCAGGGAUCCCUGACCCCAAAAUCAGCUGGGCCCUGCCGGAUGGCACCAUGGUCGUCCCGGGCCUGACAAAAGAUGGCGCCGGACUGGGACAGGCUCACAGGUAUGUGGUCUUUGAGAACGGGACCCUUCACUUCAAGCACAGUGGCCCACCUGCAGAGGGCGACUACACCUGCUACGCCGAGAACAGGCUCGGCAAAGACCAGAUAAAGGUCAGGGUCCAGGUCUCCAGUGGAGCCUCGCUGCCACAAAUCCAGGAUAAAGGCAAGACUGCCGGCAGAGUCCUUCAGGGGGAAAUGGCUACACUCAGUUGCAUCGCCACAGGAGACCCUGAACCCACCGUCACCUGGUGGUCUCCGUCCCACAGACUGAUACGGCCGGUCCAGGACAAGUACCGCUUCAUGGCCGAUGGAUCCUUGGUGGUCCAGGACGUCCAGAGUUCUGAUGAAGGGAACUACACCUGCAAGGCCAGCAGCAGCGCUGGACACGACCACAAGGUCACCAGGCUGGAGGUCUUAGCCCCGCCCCCUGUGCUCGAGGGUGCUGACAUUAUCAAAGUGACUGCAGUGGAGGAUCAACCCAUGGUGUUGGACUGCGGGCCGUUUGGAGUCCUGGUCGGUCACAUUCUGUGGAUUCUACCGGGAAACGUGGUUCUUCCGGCACCGUACCGCAGCGAUAGACUGACGGUUCAUUCGAACGGAACCUUGGAAAUGCGUUCCCUGAAAAAGACGGACUCGGGACCGCUGGUUUGUUUUGCUCGUAGUGACGGUGGCGAGGUCAGGAUGGAGUUUAACCUGGAGGUAAUGGAAGCUACCAGAACGGCUGAGAGCGUACCACUGGCAGCGGGUGGUACCAUGUCUUUGAACUGCUCCUUUGACACGCCGCACCGUCUGACCUGGAUCCUACCUGACGGCACCGUUCUGGUCCGGGGGGCUCGGCUUUUCAAGUUUUUCCACCAGCACAACGGCUCUCUGGUCAUCAGCAACCCGUCGGCGGCAGAGUCUGGUAAGUACCGGUGUCUGGGCCAAAGUUCUGCCGGGAUGCUGGAGCGAGAGGUCACCCUAACGCCCAGAAGGAAGCCCAAGAUCACCAGCAGCUACGCGUCACCUGUCAGCGUCAUGACGGGGGAGACGCUGCUGCUGCACUGUCAGACCGCCGGCGGCGCCGUCAGAUUGGCGUGGACCCUCCCCAGCGGCGUGGUGCUGAGCCGACUCCAGAGAGCUGGGCGGUACGCCGUUCUACCCAACGGCACUCUGACCAUCCGACAGGUGUCGGUCCACGACCGCGGCCGGUACGUCUGCAGGGGCUCCAACGAUGGCGGCAGCUCCCUGCUGUCCGUGUCGGUGAGCGUGGUUGGACACGCGCCGAGGAUCACCAGCGCCCCUCCCUCUGUGACCUACGCCAAGCAGGGGGUGGCUGUGCAGCUGAACUGUGCGGCCACCGGCAUGCCUGCGCUGGAGGUGGCGUGGGAAACCCCUGAUAAGAUGCGCCUCGCCGUCAGCGCCCAACCCCGGCUGUUUGGAAACAAGUACCUGCACCCGGAAGGCGCUCUGGUCAUCCAGAGUCCAACUCUCAGGGAUUCUGGCGUCUACCGCUGCACCGCCAGGAACCAGCUUGGCUCUGACUCCAGAACCACCUUUCUCAAUGUGUUCUGAGGACCAGAACUGCUGAGUGGACUCGAGUGUCAAAGGACAGAUGGGAUGAUUCCUGGAGGCUCUGAACCACUGUGAAAGUGGCCCCCCUUUGUGAGGGUUCGGGUGUGAGUGACCCCCCACCCCCACUGACCAAACACAAAGGAUCCUAGAGAGCACCCCAACCCUGUUACCCUCCUGCCCCUAGACGACGAACAGGAGAGCUCCAGGGGAACCAAAGGGGGAAUUACACAGGUCCGUCUGUGGUCCGUCUGCGCUGCAUCUGCAGUCCGUCUGCGCUGCAUCUGCAGUCUGUCUGCGCUGCAUUUCAGUUUGUCUGCAGUCCGUCUGCGCUGCAUCUGCAGUCCGUCUGCGCUGCAUCUAUAGUUCGUCUGCGCUGCAUCUGCAGUCCGUCUGCGCUGCAUUUCAGUUUGUCUGCAGUCCGUCUGUAGUCCAUUUGCGGCCCAUCUGCCGUGCAUGAGCAGUCCGCUGCACAUUUUUGUUACAUUGAUGAAUUAAAGAAUGGAACAUUCAGUAAUUAACUGGAACAUCUCCUCUGUCAAUCUUGUGUCUCAUAUCCGUCCCUCCAGAUCACAAGCUUUACGCAGGAGUUCUAUUUCCAGAUUGUCGACACGUCGAUUUAGUUGCAAGAAUCCAAAGAAACGAGAAUCAGCUCAGGAUUUCAAAAUAAAAACUUCUAUUGUACUUUCAGAAUAAAACUCAUUCAUACUUCAGGUGACGUGCCUACAAAAUAAUGCAUGUUAAUCAUUUUCAUCAUGGAGGACGACAGUUUAGUUUUGGAAAUACAUAAACAUAACAUCAUUUAUGACACCAAACACACUUUUAUAAGGAUGAACGACUCCACUAGGGGUGCAGGACAAACUAUUCCUCCAGAAGCCAGAGGGCGGAGCAUCUAAGCUAACUGAUGGUUGUGAGACGGACUCCCCACGUAACAGAGACGCACCGCAGACAAACUGCAGACAGACCGCAGACGGACCACAGGCGGAUGCAGACGCACCAGUGUAAAUCUGGUACCCCUCCCCCUGUAGACCAUUCCCUGAUAAUGAGGGGAUCAGGUGGAAAGGACCAAAGAGAUCCAGAUAUUUUUAAGUUAUUCCUUGUUGAGACUGACUUUAUUUAUGUUAUUUUAUGACUCCAGACAUGUUUUUCUCCAUCAGUUGAUGUUAAAGUUCUGAUCUUCCUUCAGUGUUUGGAGGUUUGAAUCCAGGUUCUGGUUCGGUUCUGUCUGUUUUCUGGGUUUUUCUAUGUCGAUGAUUCCAUGUUUACAUUAAAGCUUUGCUAUUCCUAGAAAUGCCUGACAAACUUUUUCAGAGAAAAGGUCCAUGGAGGAAGGAGGUCAUGAGGGGGGAGGACGGAGAGGAGAAGGUUAGGUGGGGGGCGGGGCUUCAGUGUGGCGCCCCCUAGAGGGAGCAGCUAUAAUGUGAUGAUCUUUAAACUCGCAGAAGAAACUCGACACACAUUUGGUUAAAGAGGCGGGAACCGUUCCCUGAGUGAUACAGCUUCUUCCUUCUGGGAGGAGCUCAGGGAAAAGGCGGGAAACAUCUGCAUGAAGAAAGUGGGUCACCACAUCAACUCGUACAAACACACCAGCAGUGAUGGUUCUGGGAGCUGCUCUGCUGUCCAGAACCUGCUGAACUCACCUGUUCUCCUCACCUGACACUGCAGGUGUGCACUGGAGUUCUUACUCUCAACUCCUCAUAUAUGGACGUUUGGUCCUGACCCUCCACGCCACUUUUUGACCCAACUCGUCGUUUUUUAAAUAUGUGAUCUGAUCUCAUUAAGUCAGGGGUCCACACCUCUAGGGAUGCGGUACCGGACACAAAACCGGUACUAAGUUAGGGUACCGGCCCACAUCUCGGUACCUCUUUGGGUACCAGUACCAAUCCACAUCCCCUGAUUAGACUAUGCAUUUUUUCCAUGUCUGUGGUACCUAACAGGUUCUGGUAUCAGUCCAAGUCCCAAGGGUUUGGGACUCCUAAUUAGCAUAGGCAUUUUUUUUGUUUGUAGCCCGAAAUCAAGCAGCCAGUACCGGCAACUGAACCAGUACCAGGUUGGGGUUAGAUACCAGUCCACGUCUUGGUACCUCUUCGGGUACUGGUAUCGGUUCGAAGGCCGUUUGGUUCCGGGACACGGACAUGGAAGCAAUGCAUGUGCUAAUGAGGAGUCCCCGACCCUCAGGAUGUGCGUAUGCAGGUUUUCCAUGUCUUUGUCCUGGUACCAAGCAGCCCUUGGACCAGUACCAGUUUGUGACUUGGGGACCCUUCAUUUAAUGGGAAGGUCAAAAAACGAGGAGUUGGGACCCCAAAACGUCAGAAAGUGGCGCAGAAGAUGCCCCAACCCUACGUCCAUAUCUGAGGAGUUGAGAGUGAGAAUGCGCUAAAACUGCAAUUUGCCUGGUCUCACCUGGCCCCGCCCCUUUAUUAUAUGGUUCCAGAUCUGACUGGUUGAACACACCUGGCCAGGUAACCUGCAGUGAUUCAUUUGUUAACCGUCCAUCCGUUCUAUAAACCAUCUGACCUCCUUUUAGGUGUCACUGGUCAGUUCCAGCGAAUGGUGGA